ACAAAGUGUCGGGAUUCGAGCGAGGAGAGCUGCCAAAAUGGGCACGCGGAACGUGAUGAUCACGGACUUGGACCAGCCAGAUCCCGAGCAGCAGCAGCCCAAGCGGAACAGGAAGGUCCUGCAGACGCUCUCAGGGAACUUUAGUCGCCGCUCGCGAAGCGUUGAGGUGGAGGCGAAGCAACGCCAGGACAACUCGGCCACGGGGCACAAGGAUCGCAGGAAGGAACGCUCCUUCAACACGCUGCUGCAGGCCAAGGAGCAGCAGCUGGAGCAGCUCGUCCAGCGAUUGGCCACUCUGCAUCGCUACAACGAGCAGUUCGCCAAGGAGAACGAGCAACUGCGUCAGGACAGUGGCCAGCUGGAGCGACGGCUCUCGGAGGCGGAGCAGCAGGUGGCCAACUGCUCGCGCUGCCAGCAGCUUGGCCAGCGCCUGGACACCGUUCUCGGCCAGAAUCGAUCGCUGGAAGCCGACGUGGACAUGCUGAAGACGCUCGUCUUCCGGCUGAAUGUGCAGAUCGAAAGCUACCAGGAUCAAAGGCGCCAUGGCGAGGAGCCUGCAAGGGGAGCAUCAACCAAAGCCAGGACACCAUCCGCAUCGUAUCCACCCUUACCCACCCAUACGCUGGGUCCACUCCUGCAGGCCUACGACGAAUCUCUGAGGGAUAAGGAUGCACUCCUGGCUCAGUUCAACACGGAGUUCGAGCACUUCACCGGGGAACUGAAGCGAGCUCUGGAGGAGAACACAAAGCUGCUGCAGUCGCAGGAGCAGCUGCGUCGCGAUCUCGGCGGCUGGCGCGAGGAGCGCGUGUGCCUGCAGGCCCAGUUGGGUGUGUGCCGCUCCAAGGCGGAGGCCCAGACCCGCAAGACCGACCUGGCCAAGGAAAAGCUGGUGGAGGUGAUGCACUGCUACGAGCAGCGCACCCAAACGCUCCUCCUGGACAUGGACCACCUGCAGGCGGCCUACGCCCGCACCAAAUCGGAACUGGCCGCCCUCAAAAGUGCAGCAUCAGCAGCUGCAGCUCCACCUGCGGUUCCAGUUGCAGCUCCCGCUCCUGCCGCCGAAUCGGAGGCAGUGCACCAGUGCAAGGCGCUGCUCGAGCAGCUGAGGCAGGAGCACGCCAGGGAGCGGUCCGCCCUGCAGGAUCAGCUUCAGGCCACCACGGCACGGGCGGCGUCCCUCAUCCGCAGCACGGAGAAGGCCAAGCAUGGCAGGGAUCGGCUGAAGGCCCGCCUUCGGAUGGCCCUCCAGUGGGCGCAGAAACUGGAGGCGGGGCAGGCGGAGGUGCGAGAGACCUACGAGGCAGUCCGUCGACUGGAGGUGCUGGUGCAGCACAAGGAGUCGCAGCUGCGCGGAUUGCACGCCCGAAACGCCGAGGAGCUGGACAAGCUGCGCCACAAGCUGCAGCAGAAGGACGAGACCAUUCGAACGCUCCUCAGGGGGAAGAUGGAACGGAGACCGGCGGUGGACUAACCACUCACCACUAACCACUAAUAAAUUAAUUAAAUUAAUAAAUAGAAAUAAUUAACAAU